UUCAGUGACAGCAUUGUUAGCAGCUAAAAACAUGGAUUCGCUCACUGGUUAUGAUAAUCUAAAACCAAAGCCAUUGAGCAUUUCCUGGAGAAGCAUAUGUUUCUUCUUCUAUGGUGUGACAAGCGACAAAAAGCGUACUAUUGCCACCUAUUGGAAACUGGUAUAGGUACAGGCUGCAGUGCUCUGAUAAAGACAACAGAUGAACAGAAGACAAGUCAAAAAUGUAUUUCUGCUAGCAGCUAGCCUGUGGGGAGCCAAACUGAAUCAGCAAACCACCCAUUCCUAUGAAGAUAAAAGAAACCUGGGCUCAUGAGGAUUGCUGGGCACACACCGAGUGGGAUAUCCACCAAGCACUGGAGUACAGAUAACACUGCACUACCACCACUGUGGUAAGAGCAUCAGAUGUCUUGAUACCUGCACAAUUCACAUAAAUCAGGCUAAUCUCACAGAUAUGUUGUCUAGACAUAUAUUUAUUUACUCAGUUUUCUAUUGUCUCUAUAGUAUUCUUAUCAGAAUGCUUGUGUACUUUGUAUUACACAAGAAUAGGAAGUUGAGUUAUACAUUUGGAUACAGUCCCUCGACGAGUGCUGAUUUAACUGUGGUAAUAAUGGCCCUGUAGAAAGAAUUCUUACCACUAAAUGCUUUUUAUCAGCACUCUAAUGGGAUGUCUGGUCUCAUAAUAGGGUGGAUUGGGCUGAAUUGUGGUGACAUUCUGUGUGGGAGUAGACUUUUAUGGGAGGUCUGACUGGGCUGUGGUGGGCCCAGGCAGGCGACAGACUUCUCAUCUCCACAGGAAGUCUGUUCUGUCUGUCUUCCUUGCUGAACAGAUGAGGGGCCGGGAUGGUACCCUACAUUCUCAGGAAUUUGUUCUUUAGAUUAUGUUCCAAAAACUUUGCAAAUAACAGAGUUGUCGAUUUAAAGAAAGCACAUGUGGAUUCUUCAAUCCUACCGCAUUGUAUGUACUUUAUUCUUUAUGGGCAUAGUUGCAGCAGUGUUUUUGGAACUGGUUCUAAACAACUAAAUAACAUGUUCCUGAAAAUAUAACCUAGUCUAAUGACCAUCCCGAGAGGAGAAGGGCCAUUAGGUGAGGUCCCGAGGCACAGCCAAUGUUCCUCCCAGCAGGGAGACAUCCAAGAGUAGGAGAAACAGGGUACAGUGUUAGAGGAGGAGGCAGCGCUGGCUGUCUCCAGCCCCUAAGGUAAACAGGAUCUUGUCCUGAAGGUCGCUGGGGUGCUCCACAAGGCCACUGGAGACAAUAUCCUGGGUAUUAUUAUCGGAAACGACUAAGAAUAGAGAGCAUGGUGGUUGUCGUGCUUUUGGUUUGUGUUUGGACCAGACGAGCCAAAACGGAAGAUAUUUCUAUAGAAGUGUUACGGUUGUGAAGAUAAUGUUCUGGAAGGGAGUGGCACGUGAGGGGAAGGGGGAGGGCACAUGAUAUUUUGAUUUGAUUUUGAUGGUAAAAUGUCUAAGCUUUUUCAGCCUGUCUGUUAUAGAACUUUUCAAGAUUUUGAGUUGUAGGCCUGGCACCUAAAUAGAGAAGCCAUAUUUUGUAAGCUUUUCACAAAUGGAGACUUAAUGUUUUACUGUAUUUUAUUCCAGAUUUUGUUACUUAUUUAUUUUAAAAUAUGUGAUACUGGGCAUAUAGGAUAGACUACCUACACUACAAAAUAAAUGUACUCAUACGUGUUAUUCGAUAAUUUCAACCAAACUGCUUGCACGCGGCAACAGGCGUCUCCAUAGCCAGCCGCUAAAAUAGAACUUGGUUCUAUUUGAGAUGCUUGAUGCGCUGCAAGUCCCGCUUCUCCCAUCUACUCAUUGGUUUUCACGAGCAUACUAACCCACGUGGGUGAUUGGAAUAUGAACGAGGAGAGACUAAUCAAAGAAAACAAACUAACUAGGUUUCUCAAAUAGUCACCUAAAAAGGACCUAAUGUGUUUCAGGUAAAAUAACAACCCGAUGUUUAUCUCCCAGGACAAAUUAGCUCGCUAAAUGUCCAUGAAUGUUUCAUGUGUGCUUCGACCUCUCCCCAAAUUAAUAUAGUUGGUUUUGGUGUUUUAACCUCUGUCAUUCAUGCGUCUCGUGGGGAAAGACAAUCAACAUACGCACGAUGGCACACACGGGGCCAGUUUGAUCAAGGUGUCAGUGUUUCUUUCUUUAUAAUUGAAGUGAUUUACAAGGUGGACCACACUUAAAUGACUAAUCUAACCGCUUAUAAAUUAGAUUACUGCUAAACUGACUUUGGUCUUCUGAGACAACGUGUGUGUUUGCCGGGGUAAUAAAAAUGCUGUCCAAUACCUGCCCUAUGGGAGUUAGAUUAAUUGGACCUGCUUGACACUGGUGAAAUCAAUAGCAAAGCAAACUCCAGUGUAAUGCAUCAGAGAUUCAGGUGUUAGACCAUGCACGUGAUUGUCAGUCUUUUUUCACUUCAUUGCUACACCUUUCAAAUUAAUCAUUUGGUAUUUUCUGAUGGAUGACCUAUCAUGAUGCCAUUGAUUUUUGUUGCUGCCAAUACAGGCUAUGUAGUACACAUCACAUUCAUUCAACGUAGAAUGCUUUCUUAUAAUGCCAGAGGCAAGCUAUGGUAGACUUUGUUGAUUUUGAGUGUUAAAUGGCUUAAAGAAUGUAGCCUGUUGUUAAUUGCAGUAGAUAAUCUGUGUUCCAUAUGCCCAUACCAUUUUUUUUUUAAUGGCAUAAUAGGCUCUUUCCAUAUUUCUGUUAUUGUAUUUCAAAUUGGAGGCGGAGCCCACCAUUAUAAAUGGCAAGUAUUUCAGAAAAUGUUUUGCUGUUCUGUAAUUUUGAUCAUAAGAACUUGAACAGAUCAUGAAACAGGUUGUUUCAAAAUUCAUACUUGUGUUCUAUCUAGAACAUUAGGCGAGUACGGACGUCAACCUGCAUUUUUCAAGUGCGAUUCCAAACGUAAGUACGUGAAAAGGCAAGUAUGUACUAAGUUUACCGGAAGUUCCAUAAGCGUACUUGGGAUGUCUGGAAAAUAAAGCGCGGAUGGGAGCAUACUUUUUCGGGGAGGCUAUCACAUAACACCUUAUGGCGCAGCAAACAUUUUUUUUACUUCUUAAUUAAUGGCGGACUAGAGUCCCGCUUGGGAGAUCAAUUUCCAGAGGAUUAAGAAAUACUUUUGUAAAUUGUAAGUCUUGUGUUUUUAUUCAACAGAUUUUUAAAAUGUUCAAAUUACUUUCAUAUGAAUUUUUCAUUCAAAUGUUGAGUCACUGGUGUUUAUCAGACUGAUAGCCACUCUCGUCGGACGUCAUAGGUAGCUAGCAGUGAUCUUGUCCUGCUAAUCAGCUGUUUUAGAGAUGAGCAACUAAACUAACUAAUCGUGAAGAAGGCAAUAUGUCAAUUAUGAAGAUCCAGACAGUUUUUCAUUUAUUUUUUUAUCCAGAAUUUUUAUACUUGCUAGCCAGCAAAUGACAAAUUCAAAUUUGUUUUUUGUCUGUUUGUUUUCAGGGACAGAUAGCAACUGAUGCGUUAAUUUUACUCCAUGGCAUUGGCUUGGCAGGACAAAAGUCAUGCCCGAUGGUUUGGAGAAAAUGGGUUGAAUAAUCAACUAAAAGUAAAUCGGUGACCACUUGAUCAAGCCUAUGAAUAUUCUAAACUUUUUACAAAACCAUUGCACAUUUGUAAAGGUAGUUGUUUCUCAGCAUCUUGAACCAGGGGUGUGACCAUGAGUCCAAACAAAAACGAGAUUCUAUUGGACAAAUUCAGGUUGAAGCACAUCCCAUCCUAACACCUAGACACAUGUAAAGAACUUGGAAACCUGCCGUCCAUCUGGAAUAUCACCCUAUCCCAGGGGUUUAGUCAGUAGUUUAUUAUUAAGCAGUGUGCAACAUCACCACAGUAGAUUCAUACAUGUUGUUUUCUAUCAUGGAACUUAUGAAGCUCAUUCUAAAAUACAAUGAGUUCUCUUCUAGGGGAACUUCACUGUGUGCAAGUUUUUAUUCCUGCCCUGCACAAGCACCUUGUUCAACUAUUCGUGGUCUAUAAUUUACAGGAAAACAAAUAAAAGCGACCCAUGUUUAUUAAAAAUGACAAGUGUUGAUGUCUCCCCACAGUCCUGGUUUUGAGGCUUGUCAUCUGGGGGCUGCAGUUAAUCUGUCAAAUUCCCUACAAGGAGAGAGAAAGGCAUUCAUAAUAUUACAAUGGUGUAAUUAUUUCAUGUAAUUCCUGUUUGAUAUGCAUGCAUAUAAUUAAAGUGGACAUUGUCCUUUAAUAUGCCAGUGUUUGUUUUGUAUCCAAUGCGUUUAGCUUACACUAGGAUGAAGUGGCCUUCUAAUCUAGUUGUAGUAUUGCAUCAUAUCGCCUAUCAUUUGGUUAUCAGUGUAUGAAGUGAAUGUAAAACAAAGCUAGCUUGAACAUAAUAUGCAUGGGUGUUAUAGUUGUGUGAAUUUAGCACUGAAAGCCUGCUCAUUAGAAAUGUAAUGUUAGAUUCACAGUGAAACACAAAUUGCCAGAAUAUUAAUAAUUCUUAAACCGUAAGCAAAAUAGUUUAUUUUUGCUUCAAGCGUACCUGUCAUACGUCCACAACGAUGUAGCAGCAGACCAAGUAAUGUGUGAGAGGAGGACCCCACAAAGUAUUGAUUCUGGUCGAUGUCAGCUUAAUUCACUAACAUGUACUGAGGAGAACGAUUCUGUGUAAAAAAAAAUGUAGCUAGCUGACUGCGUGGUGAUGUGGUUUCCUGUUUAUGUCAGUCACAUCGAAGUACGUUUCAAAUUUAACGGAUUUUAAGCACUGCGUUCUCCAUUCUAGACAGUAUGCUCUCUCAGGUGUUCUUGGAAGUUCACCCUUGAAAGAACUGGUGAACGCAGGUGUGCAUUUUGAAACAUGGCCAUACUGUAUGUCAUACUACUCUCCUCUUCCCAGGUAAACCAUGAUCCCCAUCACUGAGCUGCGUUACUUUGUAGACUGUCAGCCUGCCUACCGUAUCCUGAAGCCAUGGUGGGACGUCUUCACCGACUACAUCUCUAUCGUCAUGCUCAUGAUCGCCGUGUUCGGGGGCACGCUGCAGGUCACUCAGGACAAGAUGAUCUGCCUGCCCUGCAAGUGGGUAGUCAACCAGACCUGCAGGAGGUAUUUCAAUGCCACCCUGUCUGCCCCGCUGAUGUUGGAGCCCAAAGGGAUCCAAUACAACCUGGACCGCCACCAGUACAACUACGUAGACGCCGUCUGCUACGAGAACCGCCUGCACUGGUUCGCCAAGUACUUCCCCUACCUGGUGCUACUGCACACGCUUAUCUUCCUGGCAUGCAGUAACUUCUGGUUCAAGUUCCCCCGGACUAGCUCCAAACUGGAGCACUUUGUGUCGAUUCUCCUGAAAUGUUUUGACUCUCCCUGGACCACCAGGGCUCUGUCUGAGACGGUGGUGGAGGAGAGCGACCCCAAGCCGAUGAAGAUGAAUGGCUCAAUGGAUAAGAAAGUGUCGUGUAUCAGCGAGGAUGUGGAGGCUAGCGUCCCCAUGCUCCAAAGGACAAAGUCUCGCCUGGAGCAGGGUAUUGUGGAUCGCACAGAGACUGGCGUCCUGGAUAAGAAAGAAGGUGAACAGGCAAAGGCCUUGUUUGAAAAAGUGAAGAAGUUCCGCAUACACGUGGAAGAAGGAGACAUUGUGUACAGGCUCUACAUCCGACAGACUAUUAUCAAAGUCAUUAAGUUCAUUUUGAUUAUCUGCUAUACAGGGUAUUAUGUGCACAAUAUUCAGUUCAGCGUGGACUGUAGUGUGGAUCUAGAGGACCUCACGGGGUAUAGCAUGUAUCGUUGUGCUCAUCCUCUGGCCACACUGUUUAAGAUCCUAGCUUGUGUCUACAUCAGCUUAGUGGGGGUUUAUGGAUUAAUUUGCAUGUAUACCCUCUGUUGGAUGCUGCGGCGCUCGCUGAAGAAAUACUCCUUUGAGUCGAUACGAGAGGAGAGCAGUUACAGCGACAUACCGGACGUAAAGAACGACUUUGCUUUCAUGCUGCACAUGAUCGACCAGUACGAUCCGCUGUACUCCAAACGCUUUGCUGUCUUCCUGUCUGAAGUGAGCGAGAACAAGCUGCGGCAGCUCAACCUGAACAAUGAGUGGACUCUGGACAAACUGAGGCAGAGGAUCACCAAGAACUCCCAGGAGAAGCUAGAGCUGCACCUGUUCAUGCUGAGCGGCAUCCCAGACACCGUGUUUGAUCUGAUAGAGUUGGAGGUGCUGAAGCUGGAGCUCAUCCCAGACAUCACCAUCCCUCCCAUCAUCGCCCAGCUGGUCAACCUGAAGGAGAUGUGGCUAUACCACACCCCAGCUAAGAUCGAGGCACCGGCCCUGGCUUUCCUCAGGGAGAACCUCAAGUCCCUCCACAUCAAAUUCACAGACAUCAAGGAAAUCCCUCUGUGGAUCUAUAGUUUGAAGAACCUGAGCGAGCUGCACUUGACGGGGAACCUGAGCGCAGAGAACAAUCGAUAUAUUGUUAUUGAUGGGCUACGGGAGCUGAAGAGGCUCAAGGUCCUCCGGCUAAAGAGCAACUUGACCAAGCUACCUCAGGUGGUGACUGAUGUGGGGGUGCACCUCCAGAAGCUCUCAGUUAACAACGAGGGCACCAAGCUGAUGGUUCUCAACAGCCUGAAGAAGAUGGUGAACCUGACAGAACUGGAGCUGAUACGUUGUGAUCUGGAACGCAUCCCACACUCCAUCUUCAGCCUGCACAACCUGCAGGAGAUUGACCUCAAGGACAACAAUCUGAAGACUAUCGAGGAGAUCAUCAGCUUCCAGCACCUGCACCGUCUGGUCUGCCUUAAACUCUGGUACAACCAGAUUGCCUACAUUCCCAUCCAGAUCGGCACCCUCAACAACAUGGAGAGGCUCUAUCUGAACAGGAACAAGAUUGAUAACAUCCCCAGUCAGCUUUUCUAUUGUCGUAAACUACGCUUCCUGGACCUGAGCCAUAACAACCUCACCUACAUCCCAGCAGACGUGGGGUACCUGCAGAACCUCCAGUACCUGGCAGUCACAGCCAACAGAAUUGAGACCCUGCCCAAUGAGCUGUUCCAGUGUAAGAAGCUCCGUACUCUGAACCUGGGGAAUAACUGCCUGACGUCUCUGCCAUCACGCUUCGGGGAGCUGACGGGGCUGAUCCAGCUGGAGCUGAGGGGGAACAGGCUGGAAUGUCUGCCCGUAGAGCUGGGGGAGUGCAAGCAGCUGAAGAGGACGGGCCUGGUGGUGGAGGAGGACCUCUUUAACACCCUGCCCACCGAGGUGAAGGAGCAGCUGUGGAAGGUGGACAAGGAGACGGCCUGAACAGAUGGGGGUUGGAGGUGGAUGUUCACUCCGUUGAAACAGCUAGGGCCCCUGGAGGGCGGGGGAGGACUACACAGACCCAGACAGCACACUAACUGAGCAGGACCUGCUCACUUUGACUGUACUCUACUGCAGGGCUGCUUUUCAAGGGAAUCUAUGCUAAUGUCCCACCGCCAUGCUACUUUUUUCCUGCAGUAACAGUUGUGAAAUGCCGUUUUAAAAGGGACAUUGGUAAGGAAAAGUGUUAAGUUUUACAAGAUGUGUGUGGAUUGAAUGAGAUCAGAUGUGUUGCAUAUGAGAUUGCAAAAUGCAAAUGCAAUAUUCCUGUAAGAGAGAGAGGACUUAAAUAAUUAGCCAGCAGAUGCAUUUUCUGGGGGGCAGUGUUAUUGUCAUUCAGACAGGGUAUAUUAUCCUGUCAUAUCGUAUCGUAACCCAUUUAUAUAACACAAUGCAGUAGACUACCCUUGAUCCAGAUUCUCUAGGGUGCUACGGGAUGUUUGGAGAUUUACGGAACGGGGCUAUGGAGAAAAAUGGGGGAAGGCCUCAGGGCCAUGCUUUUUACAUAUCAGGUGUGGGGAGGGUUUAGUAUUAUUUAUUUUUUAUUGAGUCCUGUAAUUGAUCAAAUUAUGUUUUCUCGGUUUUAGAAUGAGUUGCUUACUAUAUAACGAUGUGUGCCCGAUGCCGCCCCAAAACCCUUAUUCUCCUCUGGGCACCCAAUUUCAAGUGACCUAUAGUCUAUUUGCUGUGAUCCCAAUCAAAUGAUCCAUUGCUUAUAGGCCUAGGCUAUACGAAGUAAGAAAAUGAACUUCCUGAAUGUUUUGCGCUGCUCUGAUGGUGUAAAUUAAACUAGACUACACUGCAAUGGAUAUUCCAGUCAAGAACUCUGCCCUGCUCUUGCUGACCAAAACCUGUUUGCACAGCCAUUGGUUAGAUAGCACAAUGUGGCAGUUCAGGAGGUGAGUCAGAUAUCUUCUGAAAAUAAUUUUUAAUUCCGGUUAAUUUGAGUAGGCUUAAUUAAUUUCAAGUCUUCAUUUUAAUUUGACUUUACUAACAAGAGGGCUUUGUGUUGGAGCCUAUUUCUUCCUAUUUAAGAAAAAGAGGUAGGCCUACCUGUUUGACAAAUGAAAUCAUAGGAUGUUAUAGAUUUUUCUCGGCCAGUUCCUCCAACAACCAUGCACUCUUUAAAAGCAUCUGUUAGUGAAGGGCUUGGUGUGUUAAGUGAAACCCCCUCAAUUCGAGCCAUGGUUAUGUGAGAGUAUGGCAUACCUUUUGUUAAAGAAAAUGGCUAAAGGCAUAGACCUACCCUUUUAUUUUUUAAAAAAUAAAACGGACCCUAUUAUAGAAAGCAAUCUGUAGUGGUGCUUUAGUCCGUGAUGCUGUAAAAUACAUGGGAAAGACGAGACUGAUGCAUAUGGGGAUGUAUUUGGUUUGUCUCUAUGACAUUGAGUCUGAGCUACAUCCUUCUAUAGCCGACGAGACACAAAAAUUGACUUUGCUUGGGAAGUAAUCUAAUAUGUGUGAUUCUGUCGCUAUCAAUUGAGCUAUUAAUUUUCUGUAAAAUGUUUAAACUCCAACAGCUUUUAGGGAGGUAUGCAAGGUCAAUGCAUUCCUCUGACACAGCAAAACGCAUGAAUAAGAGGAGCCUGCUUGUCAUCGGAAAUGUGGAUUAUAACACAGCUGCAAUGAGCAUUACUAUGGAUGAAGACAAGAUUAACAAAAUAUGGUCUUUUUACAAAAGUACAACAAAUACAUCAUAGGAAUGAUAGCUGGCUAUCGCUAUGUAAACCUGGGAUUGUAUGUCAAUCACUAACUGCUAUAGUACUAGCGUUGCUCCUUCUAGCCAAAGGUUAGGGAUUCUUCUAAAUAGGCAGUGCAUGGACAUUUUCACAUGUCAGUUAAUGGGAAGAGAGAUGUGAAUAAGAAGUCAAGAAGAUUUAAAGGGAUUUAUUGAACAUAUAUAUAUAUAUUGCACUAGAUGGAUGAAAUCAUCUUAUCUACAGUAAGAGGAUAUUCUUGUAUUACACCGUCGGACAAAUGCACAAAAAGCACAGUGUGUAGGCUAUUUAUGUUAUUGGAGGUUAUGAUGAAAUGCAAAUGUCCUCAGCAAUGCUGGCGUAGACAAUCAACACUAAUUUCAUGGUGUAUUUUCAGUGACAUUAUGCAUGUUAUAAUAGAGUUAUGUACAUAUUAAUGCUAGAUUACACAGAAAGUGAGACAAGACUAACAGUAAAGACCAGAUUAAGCCUAGUCCAGGACUAAAAAGCAUUCUCCGUCUCAAUGGAAAUUCUAAUUUGAAAGAGGGUUUUAUUCCAGGACGAGGCUGAAUCUGUCUAGGAAACCGACCCUAGAUGAGUCCUGCCCAUCAUCAAGCGUGGGGUGUCUUGAAGAAACUGUCCCCUUAUGUCCUGUGCAAUGCAGUUUUCAAUAUGGAAACUGCAUUUGGUGCACGGGGUGUUUGUUGAAGUCUGUGAAUCAAUGUGUAAUCCCAAGGAAACCCAUUUGAAUCUUUUUUUUUAAUCUACUCUCACUCACUAGCCUAACUCACUAAAUCAAUCUUAUUGAAGCCACUAUUUUUAGGUAGGUUUAUUGAGUGGUAAAUGAAAUGCAAGCAAUACUUAAUGAUAUUAAUUUGAAGAACAGUCGCACUUAGACAUUCCAUUUUUCUUCAUUGUUGACAGCUAUGAGUACAGUACACCAAAACCUCAGGAAAUUGCCAUUCAAUUUUAUCCUCCUUUUGUUGACAUUUUUGUUUAUUCCACUCAGUAUUUUGAUGUUAAUUUAAGUUGUUAUACCACACAUUUUUAUAUUUCUAUACUUUUUAAAAUGUUUUCUGGUUUUUAUUAGCAUUUAAUAUAAUAUGAAUUGCUGGUUCGAAAUUGUCGAACUUUUAAUAAAAUAAAUCUGAAAUCUUACAUCACAUGGGGCAAUUCAUUUCUAUGUCUUCUGUUUGUUAAAUCGGUGUUUCAGAAUGUAACUAGGUUAAAGGUUUCUUUUGGUUCUCACUUGAAUUAAGUGUAUGGAAGGAAAGUAUGUUCUGUUUUUAAUCUUAUUUGUCAUCCUUUCCAACAUGUCAUUUUGACACUAUUGUUUUUAAAUCUCAUUACUUUGACUGACAACCCCAGUUUAACUUUUCAUUCAGACACAGUGAGUAGCAGUCAGUAGUGUAGCACCAGUAUUACAUUUAUUUAAAAAAAAUAAUUCAGCACUUUUGGACAAUAACUGCUAUUUUGUUUAAAUGACAUGAAUGUUGUGAACUGUGUCUCAUGCUAAUUAUCCCCUUAAGCAUUAUCACCUCCUUUACUCUUUCAUUCCUGUUAUGACAUUAUAGUAUAAUAAAUGUAAUUAUGCACAUA